CUUUCCUUUUCAUUCAACAGAGCGUCUAAUUGCCGCACAGGGAAGAAAGAAUCAGCCCAGCAUGCCCAACCGCCUAUUUGCAGAUAUUCCAGGACCAGCGCCAGGAGGAUUCACACCCACAGGAGCCAAUGCAGCACCCGUUUCUCGUCCCCCACCUCCCUUUUCACAACCUCCCGCACAGGCCCCGGGUAUGCCCCGGCCACCAGCACCUUACGGUCAGCAAUUACCCCCACCCCCUCGCUUCGGUGGAUAUCCUAGUCACAUGCAACAGCAGCAACCGCAGUAUCAUGGAAGUAAUGCCAUUCCGUUAGGUCAGCUCUCAAGACCGCCACCCUUCGGAGCAAUGCCUCCACCAGGCGCAAUGGCACCGCCUCCACCAGGGAUGUAUGCACCCAAUCCUAACCAGCCUCCGAUGAUGCAGGGUGGCCCACUACCGCCACCAGGAUAUGCGCCUAUGCAGCAGCCAGGGUACCCAGGAGGAGCACCACCCAUGCGACCACCAGGAAAUUAUGCGCCCUAUGGAGCACCUCCGCCACCAGGCUAUCAGGGAUAUCCAGGACAGUAGUAGGACAUAUAAAAUAAGCCGAGGACGGAUCGUGGCCCGCUGAAGAGUCUUGAGAACAAUAAAGCAUAAUACAGCAAUAAUAUUUGCAUUGUACCUUGAUGGGGCGUUUUCGUUGGGUACAUAAUAU